GCAGUUGGAGGCAUUGAAUUGUAUAUACAGACAUAUUUCAUUUCCUUUUCAGUUGGGGAUCAGUGUUUCUAAACGUUCAAAGGGAAGUUUCAUGAUUGUGAUUGUGGUAUCGGUUUUUAACGAAAAUAUAUAAAAUCUAUGUGUAUAGAAUCGUUUAUUUACUUCAUUUCCAACAAAUAAUUUAAAUAUCGCCAUGAUCGUAGAUCAAAUAGACGCCUUUAAGACAUGGUUAACAGCUGUUCUGAGGCCUAUUUGUGAAGCUGAUCCAGCUGCAUUAGCCAAAUAUGUUAUAGCCUUGAUAAAGAAAGAUAAAUCUGAAGAUGAGCUCCGAAAAAGUAUGAUUGGACAAUUGGAUGUUUUCCUAGAAGGAGAGACUGGACCAUUUGUUGAUUUAGUGUUCCAAACAUUAGCCACAAAAGAUUAUAUAAAUUCUCCAGUGAUACCAAAUACCAAUCCGCCUAAUCCAAACAUUAAAACUAUCAGCAAGGAACCAAUCAAGGAAUCAAAAGUAAUAAUACCCCCAAGUGAAUUACCUAACUUGAAUGAAACUGUUAAUGGAAAUGCAAAAAAAGAUUUGGAAUUUAGAAGGGAAAGAGAAAUUAAGAAAAAUUCAGAUGCUGAACGGGAAGAUCGUCCAAUUCGUAGAAGAUCUCCAAUUAGACAUCGUUCUCUUUCAAGAAAUCGAACUCGGUCUCGAUCUAGAUCUUGGGACCGAGCUAAGAAAUCUCGAUCCAGAGAAAAAUCCCGAGAACGUAUAGAACAACACAGGAUAGAUAGGGAAAAAAGAGAAAGGCCAAGAGCAUGGAGAAAUAAAUCACCUCCAAGGAGGUACGAUAGGAGAAGAUUGUCUAGAACGCCAUCACCCAUAAGAGCGAGGUCGAGAUCAAGGAGUCCUCGACAUUCACACAGGAAUAGAUAUAGAAAUAAUAGAACUUCAAUUAGCCGAAGUAGAUCAAGAUCGUUAGAAAAGAAGGAUCGUAGAGAUUCGGCCAAGGACAAAGACUGUGGAUCUAGACCCGCAACUCCGUCACAAGAAAUAUUGGAUACUGAUAUGAGAAAUUCUCAGAAUGUACCUAGCAUUGUUGUAGCUACACCUGGGAAAAAGAGAUGUAGGGAUUUUGAUGAAAAAGGGUAUUGUAUGCGCGGUGAAAUGUGUCCAUUUGAUCAUGGAAUUGAUCCUGUAGUACUAGAAGAUACUGCUUUAACAAGAGUUUUAACCUACAAUCCCAAUGGUACACCACCUGUUGUACCAUCUGGAAUUGUACCAAAUCCAAUUCUCAAUGCUCCAGGUCAUCCUAUGAUGAAUCAGAGGAUGCCUUUGAGGGCUGACAAUCCAUAUAACCCUCAAGCUCCGCAUAUGUGGAGGGAUGGAAGGUUUAGAGGACCCCGACCUAUGGGCAUGAGACAGGUUCCACCAAUGGGUCCUUUCAUUCCUCAACCAAAUCACAACCGUGAAUUGAUACCAGUACCUGUGAUGGAUAACAAACAAACAGAUACUUACAAUCCUAUGUAUAAUCAUCCUCCGAAUUUUGUUACUAAUGUAGAUCAUGAAAAUAUGUACAAGAAAAAGAUAUUUGAUUUCAAUCGCCUAGGUCCAAGAAAUAAAAAUCCGCAAAAUUGUUCUUUAGAAUUGAAGAAAGUGCCGCAAGGAUUAAAUAGUAUAACACAUCUCAAUAAUCAUUUUGGGAAGUUUGGAAAAAUUGUAAAUAUACAGGUGCAGUAUGAAGGUGAUCCGGAAGCAGCUCUUAUAACUUUUUCUAGUCAUGCUGAAGCAAAUGCUGCAUACCGUAGUACUGAGGCAGUUCUCAAUAAUCGUUUUAUUAAGGUGUUUUGGCAUAACGUCCAACCGGCGGUUCCGGGAGCAGCGGGAACAGGUGAAGGUAAACAGGAGAACAUACCUCCCGCACAACAGCGCCCUGUUAAAGAGCGUCUAGGAGGAGGUAAUUCCACUGUAGUACCCAAUACUAAUAAAGUUUUGAAUCUAGUUCAACCCAAAGCUGAUGAAACUCAACCCCCACAAGGGCCUGAAGAAGAAAAGAAAACUAUUACUAAAGAAGAGAGUAAACAACAAGCUACUGAAGCUAUUAAGAAAAAUCAGGAAUUGAUUGCAACCCAAGUGAAAGUUAAGAAAAACCAAGAUGUCCAAAGAAAACAAGUAUUAAAGAUACAGAGUGACUUGAGAAAAAAGAAACAGGAGUUGCUGGAUAAGCAAUUGGCACAGCAGAAGAUUCUAAUAGAAAAAUUGGAGAAACUUCCUGCUGGUCCACAACGUGACGUUGUUAAAGAAACUAUUAAAAAAUCUCAAGAAGCUAUAGAGGAAAUUAAAAAAGAUCUGGAAGCAGCUACACUUGCUAUCAAAAAUACCACGCCAGUAAAGAAGACCAAAGAGGAAACUCAAAAAGAGCUGUUAGAUACAGAAUUGGAUUUGAUAACAAAGCAACAAGAAGGAGCGGAUACUUCAGAAAUUCAAAAGAAAUUAUUGGAACUUAAAGCCCGUGUGGCUAAUGCCAAACCAUUGAGAGGGAGAGGUAUUGGCAGAAGAUAUGCUCCUAUAGUUAGCAGGCACCUUUUGUCAAAAAAUAACUUGAAACCUAAACCAGUGCGUAGCAUAAAUCGUACUCCUUCGACAACAUCUCUGACGGCUACGGCACCUGCUGUUACUACUGCUUUCCAAAAACAUACUGUAGAUCAUCGACCUACAAGACUUCUUAUAUCAGGAUAUGAGACCGAUGAACAAGAUAGUGUGUUAAGUCAUUUCCAGCAAUAUGGAGAAAUUGUGGAUUAUGAGGUAGAUUCUUCUCUACCAAGUAUAACUUUGAAUUAUAAAACAAGAAAAGAUGCAGAAAUGGCACUGCUGAAAGGGAAGAAUUUCCAGGAUCGAACUUUAUCAAUAACUUGGAGUAGCAACAAGCAGUUGACCAGACAGAAAAGUAGUGGCUCCAUUACCCGUAAAGUACUUUUGUCAGAGACUGACGAAGAUCAAUUAAUAGAUUCUAGUCUUCUUGAUGGGGAGGAAGAGUUGGGUCCGGAGAUUUCCGAAGAAGCUCUUUUACAAGAUGACGAUGAUGAGGAUGAAGAAGACAGAUCAUGGAGACGAUAGUAGAAAGGACAUUUGUCGAAAAGAAUAUUUUUUUUACCAUAUCGACAGUAUCGCUUAUAUAUUAAUUGUAUGAAACUGUCGAAUGUGAUUAGGUAGCGAUAGGUUUGACUGUUUUUUACUGGCUAUUUGUAGCCAUCGAUUUUAUGUACAAAGAUGUUUGUUAUAGUAUACAGAUCUUUAUUUUUAGAUUUAUUAUAGCAGUAACGAACACUGUAAAAAUUAUAAUCAUUGGUGACCGAAUAUAUAUUUAUAUUAGAAAUAGUAUAUAUUUAAUUGCUCGACUAAGAAAAAAUAUAAAAACUAUUCACAUUAUAUUUCCGUUUUUAAGUAAAAAAUAAAAACAAUUAUUGAUAGCAUAGAACUAUACACAAAAUAUGCAAUUUUGCUUGAAUCAAUCAUCAGACUCCAAUCUUUCCAGGUAAAAGAGAAAAUAUGGGCUUUUCCAUCAUUCAUUGCUUGUGAUCUACAUGAAAAGGUAUUCAUUCAGUUUAUUCUACCAUUUGUUUUAUGCUCUUCUAUGAAAUUACUCACUCUUUUUAGCUUUAUUAAUAGAAAUGCAAUUCAAAUAAAACAUUAAGUGUUGUGCGCAACUUCAUUAUGCUCUGGGAGAAAAUCCUAAUUAUACACUAGCUUCUAGUGGUAAAUUCAAAUGCGGUGGUCUUCAAUAAUUCCAGGGAUCUAUGAUUCUUAUCCUAGAGUUUUUAUGUUACACUCUUCUUAUUAGUAUUUUACUUGUUUGUAAUCUCACUUACAAUUUUUUUCUGAAUAAGCCGCUCUUUUGAUCAUUUUUUCAAGUUCAAACUUUUUUAUUCACAAAAAUUUGCAUGAUUUGAAAAUACGUACUACCCAAUUUUUAUAUUUAUUUAUUUAUUCGUAUAAUUUUGGAAAUUAUAGUAUUUACCUAUAAGUAAAUAACUGUAUUUAAAAUAUUUGAUGAAAUAGAUACCAUGCUUUCCUUCCUCAAAGAAAUAAUUUUCGUUUUAUAGAUUUUUUUGUUAUUUAUAUUUUUACAGAUUUCGUAUACUGCUGUAGUGGUAAAAGCUGUAAGUCGAGAAUCUUCUUUUUUUGAUUUAAUUUGGGGUGAAUGAUUCUCGGUAAUUUUGUUUGUAAAAAUUGUGUAGUAUGUUGAAAAUAUAAUAUAAUGAUAAGAAAAAAAAUAGACAAGUGCCCCCGCAAAAAAUAAAAAUACAAAUGAGAACAUUAAAAAAGAGGGUAUUAAUAAAAAUAAAGAAAUCAACAUCAUCCCAUAAAAAAAUAGAUAAAACAAUGUUGGAAUUUGUAUAUUUUGUUUUCAAGUAAAAAAGGGGGCAUAAAAA